GCUACCAAACUAUUGAAACAAUGAGAGAUUUGAAUCUGUAUGUUUUGUUAUUCCUAGGGUGGGCUCUAGCCAUGAUGAGCAACUCAUCUGAAGCUGCCAAAGAUGGUCCAUUUGAAGCUGCCAGACGGGAAGUGCACAUCGUGAAUGGAUUGAGUCCCGGUCGGAUGUUGUUUGCACAUUGCAAGUCCAAAGAUGAUGAUUUAGGAGAGCAUAAUCUUGCGGUUGGGCAAGAAUUUAGUUGGAGUUUCAGGUUUAACUUCUUUGGAACCACUCUUUACUGGUGCUACACUCACACAGACCAUCAACACGCUGCAUUCAACGUGUAUUGGCAUAAAAAAUGGCUAGAAGACAGAUGCGACGAAAGAAGUUGUAUUUGGACCGCCAAAGAUGAUGGAUUUUACCUUAAAAACAUUCCUGAAAACCGUGAUGAAUUAAUUCAUAAAUGGGAAGAGGGAUUGUGAGUUGAAGCUCCAAUUUACAAGUUUAAUAAAUUAA